AUGGUGACAAGCUCAUCAGACGGGAGUGUCACAAUCUUCGAUAUCCGCGAGAAAAAGCCUGUUUUAGAUUGGAAGUUAGAACGAGCUGACGAGGAGGCUUUAUGCUUGUCUUUAGGAUACGAAGGAAAUCUUGUUGCAGUAGGGAGUAGCCGAGGGAAAAUCCAUUUUCUAGACGUCAGAAGUGGUCGGAUGUUGGGAACGUACGAAAAUGGCCAUACGAAUGAAGUAACGCAAUGUUGCUUUCAACAAACGCUUUCAUCUUCGGAUGGUACCUCAAUCACAACUCCUACACUGAUAUCGACCUGUGAAGAUGGCUUGAUUUGUCUUUACGACACCACGAAACCGUCGGAAGAGCUUGCAUUGGAAAACAUUAUCAAUGUCCAAUCUCCUGUCAGAGAAGCCGGGUUUUUUGGACCCCGAUCAGACGGAAUCUACUGUUUGACAGGAGAUGAAAGCCUCAAAUUAUACAACGCAAGUAGCAGUAUUUGUCGUAAAGAUUCAGGCCAUCAACUACGAAAUCUCUUGAGUCAACAGAUGCAAACACAUCUAGGCACAGCUUGUCCCAUGGAGUACCUUGUCGAUUGUAGUUGGGAUAGCAGCACCAAUCAGUUACUACUACUAGCGGGGAGUGCAACUGGAAAUGCGGGUGUUUUCCAGGUAGGAGAAAACGAUAUUGCCCCAGUCUAUCAUCUUGGCGGUGGCCAUCAAGGUGUUAUUCGCGCGUGGAGUCGACAAUCGUCAUCAAUCUUUCUGACAGCUGGGGAAGAUGCAAGACUUUGUGAGUGGAGUAGUCAAAAGAUUGCUCCAACAUCGUCUACACUCAAAAGUAAAACUAUUAUUUCAAAAGGAAGCAAUAACCGCAGAACCACCACUGAAAGACGUGGCAAAGUACGGCGCCCACGCAGUAAAAUGACACACACUCCAUAUGGUUAA